AUGAAAUGCACUUUAUGUCAAAAUAUUACUGAUUCAAUUGCUAUUGGAGAAUGUGGUCAUAGUUUUAUUUGUUGUUUUUGUUCAUUUAAAAGACGUUUUUUUGAUAAGGAUAUGACAUGUCCACUAUGUCAUAAACAAAAUCCAAUUAUCUUCUUUAAUACUAAUUUUAUUCCUUAUCCACAACUUCUAAUAAAUACACCAAUUUAUUCAUUUCAAGAAUUAGGAAUUCGUACAAAUAAUAGAGAAAUUUCAGAUACACUUACUUCUUGGAUUUCAAAUAAAUGUCUAAUGUGCAAACAAAUUUUCAUUAACACAGAAAAAUUUAAAAAACAUUUAGAGAUGAAUCAAAACAACAAUUGUUUUUAUUCGAGUAAUAAUGGACUUUAUUCAUUUCUUGUACCAAAAACCCUUUUUCAAAGUCAAACAGAACCACAACUCAAACGAAAUCACUCUAGUCAAAUAACAAGAAAAAGUUUAUCUUUUGAAAUUGAAGUAGAAAAAAAUAAAGAAAAAAAACCUAAAAAAGUUCACAACACUUUUAAUGAAUUACAAACCAAAGAAUUAUCUUUAAGUAUUAAUUUAUUAAACUCUUCACAAAAAAAAUCCCCUAGUAAUUGCUUGGAAGAAAAAAACUGUAUUAAAGAAUGUUUUAAAGAUAUUUAUGUUACUCUUAGUUCUUGUUUUGAAUUAUACCGACAAAAGAAAAUAGAUGGAAGAACUAUAAUUCUAAUAACAUUAAGUUUAAUGAAAAAAAGUCUUUGUCAAAAAGAGUUAAUACAACCAGAACAAUUUAUGAAUUUCCCUACACAAAAGAGUAAAGCUUUAAAUUCUGCUUUAAUAGAAUUUUGUAAUAAAGAAGAAAUAACAAAACUCCAAACUAUUUUAGGUAAUGAAAGAAAGUUAGCUAAAACAAUUAAGCAAAGGUCAUUAAAAAUUAAUGAAAUUGUUAGGAGUAAAUUAGAUUCUAUUUAA